CGACGCAGCACAGUUGCCGUUUACCAUCGCCUGUCGUCGCUAUACUGUUGCGCUGUAAAGACUGACAAGCCGCCGAUUGUAAGCAUGGCUAACGUCGGCGCGACUUGCAUGCGACAGUGUAGCUCUUUGGACGUCGUAGCCAAGAAUACUAGGCAUGCCAAUAUUUCACUUGACUCGACUAAAUAUCGGGCCUUAGAAAAGUGGUCUCUCUCUCAAGUAUCCAACCAGCAGGCAUCUAUGGACAUUAGAAAUCCUGCCGUCAACAAUGGGAAUUUCUUCUACCAUGCAAAUUCUGGUGGCCUGGAUCUGGUGCAUCCUUACAGCCCAUUCACAGGAAAUUAUUGCAGUUCCAUCAUCACUCACUGCAGACGAGAUGGAUGCAGCUUCCAGUCUGGCAAGAUCGGAGAAAACAUUUUGGAAGGCCCUCUAAGCAUGGCUCUCGUCACACAAAGGGUAUCUGCAAUCUUCCAAACUGCUCUCAUUAUCUCACAAGCGGAAGCCUUGGUGUUUUUUUGUUUAUGCAUUUAUCUUGUGAGCAGACUACCCUGUCUGUUUUUUUUGUUUUGCAUUUAUCUUGUGAGCAGACUACCCUGUCCGUUUUUUUGUUUUGCAUUUACCUUGUGA